AUGGUUUCGAUCAACGCCCAGGCUCUCGCCGCCCGGUUCCCGCACUUUAGUGCCUCCGAGAUCUCGGCCUUCCACCAGCAAUUCUCCAACUUUGACAAGGAUGGUCAAGGUGCCAUUCACCAGCGCGAUCUGUCAACAGUCGCCACAAAGACCGGUGAGAGCUUCCAGGCCGUCUGCGACAAGCUUGCCAACCUCAAGCUCACCACCGCUGAGGGUCUCGUCUCCUUCGAGGGACUGCUCACGGCCGUGUCUUCCCUUCGCGAUGCCAGAGGCGUGGGUGCUGCUCAUGAGAACAAGACCAAGAUCACCCUGCACGGCCACUCUGAAAACACGACCCACACCAUCAACGAGGACGAGAAGGAGUCGUUCGUCAACCAUAUCAACUCCCAGCUCUCGGGCGACAAGGAUCUCAAGAGCCGUCUGCCCUUCGAUCCCAAGACCAUGCAGAUCUUUGGCGAGUGCAAAGACGGCCUUGUUCUGGCCAAGCUCAUCAACGAUGCCGUCCCCAACACCAUCGAUGAGCGAGUCUUGAACUUGGGCGGCACCAAGAAGCUGAGUACUUUCCAGAUGACCGAAAACAACAACCUCGUCGUCAACUCGGCCAAGGCCAUCGGCUGCAGCGUCGUCAACAUCGGCGCCUCGGAUCUCCAGGAGGGCCGCGAGCACCUGAUCUUGGGUCUCAUCUGGCAGAUCAUCAAGAUCGGCCUCAGCAACAUGAUCGAUAUCAAGAUCCACCCUGAGCUCUUCCGUCUGCUGGAGGAGGGCGAGUCCAUGGAAGACUUUUUGAAGCUGCCUGCCGAGCAAAUCCUGCUCCGCUGGGUCAACUAUCACCUCAAGAAUGCCGGUUGGCCCAAGCGUGUCAAGAACUUUGGCAAUGACGUCAAGGAUGCCGAAGCCUACACCGUCUUGCUCAACCAACUGAGCCCCGAGCUCUGCUCACGCGCCCCGCUCCAGCAGUCUGAUCUCCUGGAGCGUGCCGAGAUGGUUCUUGCCAACGCUGACAAGCUUGGCUGCCGCAAGUACCUCACCCCGAAAACCCUCGUUGGCGGCAACCAAAAGCUCAACUUUGCCUUCACUGCGUAUCUCUUCAACACCCAUCCCGGACUCGCCCCUCUCACCGACGCCGAAAUGGGUGCCCUCGACGAGUGGCUCUUUGGCUCCGAGGGCGACCGCGAGGCCCGUGCCUUUGCUCUCUGGCUCAACUCGCUCGGUGUCGAGCCCUUCGUCAACAACCUCUUUGACGAUCUCCAGGAUGGCCUUAUUCUCCUCCAGGCCAUCGACAAGGUGCAACCCGGCAUUGUGGACUGGAAAAAGACCAACCGCACCCCGUAUCCCGUCACCAGCAAGUUCAAGAAGGUCGAGAACACCAACUAUGUCGUCGUUCUCGGCAAGGCCCUGAAAUUCUCGCUGGUCGGCAUCCAGGGCAGCGACAUCACCGACGGCAACAAGAAACUCACUCUUGGAUUUGUGUGGCAGCUCAUGCGCCAGCACGUUGUCGAGACCCUCAAGUCGCUGUCCAAGGACGGCAAGGACAUCACCGACGCUGAUAUGAUCAACUGGGCCAAUGCCACCGUCAAGCGAAGCGGAAAGUCGUCGAGCAUGUCCCAGUUCAAGGACCCUGAGCUGCGCAACGGCAUCUUCUUCCUGGACCUGCUCAAUGCCAUCAAGAAGGGCAUUGUCAACUACGACCUCGUCACUCGAGGCGUCACCGAUGACGAGGCCAAGCUCAACGCCAAGUAUGCGAUCUCGAUCGCCCGCAAGCUAGGUGCCACCAUCUUUGUCCUGCCCGAGGAUAUCGUUGAAGUCAAGCCAAAGAUGAUCCUCACUUUUGUUGGCACACUGAUGGCUCUCGAUCGCGCCGGCGUCCACCAGUAA